AUGGCGAGUACCGCCACAUCAUACAGGUCCUCUUUCAAUUCACCGCGCUCAUCCCCCUUCCGUCGUCCUGCCUCACCGAGUUCUCCCACCCUCGUCAGCGGGAGACCUGCCACUCCUCCAACAAACAGAAGCGGUACAUCACCGAUGACCUCUCCUUCUAAGCUCAAACACGCAUAUACAGUGUCAGAAGAGGAGGAGGAGGAGGAGGAGGAGGAAGUUGUGAUAUCUACUCCAUCAAAGCCCACCUCAGAGCCGCCUUUCAAGAGAGCACAAACAGAACCACCACCAUCACCAACAACCCACCGUCAGCCUUUCCAAUCCCAAUAUGACAAUAGCUCUCUAUCAGUCUCCAACACCUCCAGAGGACCUCGUAGACUUGUGUCCAACGGCCUCUCCCAAAACGACAAUCUAUCCAAACUCCCGCCACAGCUCCUGCAUAAUAUGCGCGAGUCUUUCUCAGUCCUCGACUCGAACUCCAACGGUACGAUCGACGCCGCAUCCGUUGCGGAGACACUUCAGUCCCUGGGUCUCCAUGAGAGUAACCUAGGUCAAUUCUUCCCCCUGGGACAACCCCAGCAACUAUCUCUCCCACAAUACCUCGGACAACUGGCCAAUAUUCUGGUGGGCCUAUCUCCACAACAGGAGCUGCUCAACGCCUUCUCAGCGUUCGACGAUGAUGAUAGCGGCCAAAUAGAUAUUGCAGAACUGCGCAGUGCGCUCCUUAACACGGCACCCAAUCCGGGUGAGCGGCCGCUGACGCAGAAAGACAUUGACCGCGCAAUGGAAGGCUUCACCGGCCGAAGAAUCCUAGGGAAGAAUGUAAUUGGCAUCGCAGGUGUGCGAGGCUUGAACAAUCCCGUUCCAAAGAAAAGCGGUGAUGUAUUCCGAUAUCAGGAAUUUGUGGCGAAUUUGACGGGCGGACCUGCAAUGGAGUCUGCACAAAGUCAGGGCGUAUCGGCACGAUAG